AUGUAUAUAAAAUUUUCGUUUUCAGUGAUCAGCCAUUUAAAAAAAUGUCAAAAAUGUCUAUAAAAAUUCUGAAACCUACCAGCUGAGAGCAAAAUUAGGAGAAUAGUAAGGGAAAAUAUGUUCCGGAUAUUUUACAUAAACUAUAUUUUCCGGAUUUUUAAAAAAUGACCUGGAUGAUCACUAUACAUAUACUUUUAUUUGCAGCAGAAUUGGAUGUAAAGAACGAUUCAUUUUAAAAACACUACUUCUGAUCAAACUUUUAAAUUUAAACUUUAACUUAUGUAAACAACUGGAAGUUUGUUUACUAUUUUAGAAUUUUGUACAUAAUACUAUACACAGUACAAUCUCUCUAAUUCGAAUUUUGUAUGUAAAAAUAAGUUUAAAUUAAAGAGAUUUUUUAAUUAUAGAAAGUUAAUUUAUUUUCAUUAUACAUUGUAAAAAAGAUAGUUUUCAAACGUGUGUAAAAAUAUUGUUUUUUUUUUUGCCAUAGAAACUACCUUAAAUAAAUUAUUUCAUCUUCAACAGCAAAACUAUGCCAAGUACUUGUUUUGUUAACGGUUGCUCAAGUAGAGCUGACCGUGACAAGAUGUCUUUCCAUAGCUUCCCCGCUGUUAUAAAACAUCAAGAUAAUAAAACGCUAGAGUUGUCAGCUAAGAGGCGCUGCGAGUGGAUUGCAGCAGUUAAUAGACAAAAAAAACCAACCAAGUUCUCGAAAAUAUGCUCUGCUCACUUUAAUUCGGGUAAACCAGCUGCAUUAUAUGACGUCACCAGUCCUGACUGGGUUCCUAGUUUAUUAUUGUCUGCAUCAGUAAGGCAACCACAAGAUAAAAAGACAGACACCUUUACUCUCCACAGAACUUUAAAAGUUGCAAGGUAAGUCCUUUAUAAGUUGGUUGACUGAAGUUGUGUUGCGUAUCCUAAGUAAAAAAUUACGCUGUUAUAAAAGAUUGCACUGUCAUUUUUCAAAAGUGCAUUUUGAAUAAGUAAAUAUUUAAUGGAAUUUUAAAGUAAAUAAAGUGACGCUUUAAGCAAAAUUUUAGUCCUCAGUCUCUUAUGACAACUUUGUUGCCGACCGUUGAACUUCAACAUUGACUUACAGAUUUAUGUCACUUUCAGAUAUUCUCGAGCGCAAAUUAGAGCUGAAAAAAAGACCAUGUAUACUGCCGCAGAGGAUUUGCUACAUUUUGCAGAGGGAGCUGCUAGUGAAACAGUUAGCGAGGUUUCAAUCAGCGAUUUUAAUGCAAAACGUAAAAUAUGCACUUUUUUGUUGAAAGGUCCUGUUUAUAAAAAGCAAAGUAAUGAAGUCGAAUUCCUGACGAUUGAUGAUAGUCUCUCAGCGCAAAAUAAUGAAAGUGAAUUCCUGAUGCAAGAUUAUAGACGAGUUCUAAGUGAGAACAUUAAGUUAAAGAAGAAGCUCCUCUCGUUUGAAGUAACAGUUGAGUCAUUUACCGAUGAUGAUAAAGUUCUUUAUUACACAGGCUUGCCCUGUCGUAAAGUGCUAUUAGCUGUGUUUCAGCAUGUCGAAGCAUAUAUUUCGUUAACAGCGCGUUCGCGACUAUCUAAGUUCCAAAAAUUAAUUCUUGCGCUAAUGGAGCUUCGUCUUGGAACCCCAAUACAAGACUUAGCAUUUCGAUUUGACAUUUCCUAUUCCGUUGCUUCAAAAACUUUCAAGAAUAUUUUGCACAUACUAUAUGUUCGUAUGAAACCUCUGAUUUACUGGCCAGAAAGAAAAGAGUUACAACAAUCUAUGCCAUUAUCGUACAGACAACACUUUGGGCUUAAGAUAGCUGUCAUCAUAGACUGUUUUGAAAUUUUUAUUGAAAGACCCUCAAAUCUUAUGGCUAGAGCGCAGACAUGGAGCAACUAUAAAAGUCAUAACACCGUAAAAUAUUUGAUUGGCAUUGUUCCACAAGGCGUUAUUUCUUUCAUUUCCCAAGGAUGGGGUGGGAGAACUAGCGAAAAGCUUAUCACCGAACAAUGUGGACUCCUUGAGAAGCUCAACCCUGGGGAUGUAGUGCUUGCUGACCGAGGCUUUAACAUAGCCGACUCUGUUGGUCUUAUGUGUGCUGAGGUUAAAAUUCCAUUUACAAAAGGAAAGAAGCAGCUAUCAGCUGUUGAUGUCGAAAGUACUAGAAAAAUUGCCCGAUCGAGGGUCAACGUAGAAAGAGUGAUUGGACUUGCCAGAAACAAAUACACUAUAUUGAAGGAAAUCUUACCAGUCGACUUUUUGAUGUGUGAGGCCGACAAUAUACCAACUGUGGACAAAAUUGUUACAGUAAGUUGUGCUCUUACCAAUUGCUGCAAAUCAAUCGUACCUUUUCAUUAAU